UAUUCAAGGUUGGACCCCGAAGAAGGCGUUUGUUGCCAAAACACGUGGGUUUGCAGUCCAUUGUGUGAAUUUUUUAAGUUUUCUGUUUGAAUUAGACAGUUGAAUAAAGACUUUUUAAUAAUUAAAAUCUGAAGUUUGCCUUGGACUAUUGUUUUUGAUUUAAGUCUGUUCAGAUGGAUCUUCUGAACCUCAUGAGGGAAAUCACUGCUUUUAUCUUAUUAAUCCAGUGGACAACUUCUGACAGCAGUUCUCACAGUAUAGUUCCUGUAUGUCGCAAAGAAGAUGAUGACCCUCUAGAACUGUAUAGUCAUCAUACGUCUAACCCUUCACCCAUACACGAUCUGUCUGCGGAACUGAGUGAAUCUCAAUCCUCACUCAGUAUAAGAUGGGCCAUAAAAGUCGAUAGUACCAUUCACACUCUUACAAGCACAUGGAUACAGGUUACUUCAGAUUUAAAAUAUAGAUGUGAAUACCAGCCUCCAUUUACCUUGAAGCAAAUCAAUCUCGAUGCUCUACAACAGUUGUGGUUCAAUUUCACUGUGUCAAAUUUACCCAUUUGUCCUUCAACCACAUAUAACAUCUGGGCCUACAACCUUCCACCACCACCAGAUGGAACGGGAGACAAAUAUAUGAAGUCUUUCAACACAGCUAAAGUCCGAUGGAACGCUCAGAUUUAUUCAGUCCUUCAUGAUGAUAAAAUAGUGGUGACCUUCAAUGCAAGCUCUGCGGCAGACAGAUACACCAUCGAACUGACAAAACAAAGUGAUGAAAAAGAAGAUUUACUAAAAACUGUUGAGAGAAAAGGGGGAUGCAAAGUAGGAAAAUGUCAAGUGGAACUGGAAUACAUAGGUCCCUGUGAAGGCCUUACAAUAUGGAUAACACCUAACUUUGAAAACUGUCAGCAUGGAAGUUCAGUUUGGCAUGAUGUGAAGUGUACGAACAGGUCUGGGUUGGCCAUUGGUGCUGGAUACAUACUGGGGCUUCUUUUCUUUUUGGUGCUUCUCUGCUGCUGCAUCAUGUGUCAAAUCCUCCGGUGGGUUCGUGGCUCGAAGCGCGGCCCGUCCGUGCGGGUGUUGGUGGUGUAUCCUGCAGUAGACGGGGUGUUUCAGCGCGCUGUGAUGCUCCUGACUCAAUUCCUGCAGAGUCGCGGUGGUGUAACUGUCGUCAUUGACGUGUGGGAGAGAGGAAGUCUAGCCGAACAAGGGCCGCUCCGCUGGCUCCACACACAGGCCGACCUCGCUGACCGAGUCCUGAUCAUCUUACCGCCUCAACGCACAGAGACUGACGACCUUAAAUCAAACCUAGCUCCUGGCAUGACUGAUGACACUGUUUCAGCGUCUGCCAGCAAUCUCUUCGCCCUGACCCUCAACCUAGUGUCCAGCGCUGCCCAUGACCCGCACGGCCGGGACAAGUUCUGGGUCAUCAACCUGGACCACGACAACAAGGGCGUGCAAACUGAGCUGAAAGGAUGCAGGACCUUCGUUCUGCCCCGAGACUUGGAACGGCUCCAUCAACAGCUGUCGGGUGGAGAGAUCAAGAGCCUGGCGCUGCUGACCUGCUUCAGGUCCUUCUACUUCAAAAAUGCCUUGAAGCACAUGGAAAUCAAUACAGACUUUCCAACCUGUGCUGAAGCCAACAGCCUGGAUGAAAAAUCUGAAUUCUUGCUAUAAUACGCGCCUUGUUUUUUUUUUUUUUUCAUUACAUUUGUCCAGAAAAGAUGCUCCUGAUGGUCCUUCUUCCAGCAGACUUCAGUUCCAGCUCUGAUCAAACACACCCAAGUAACGGUGAACACCUUCUUUAGCUGGUUCAGCUGUGUUUGAUUAGGAUUAGAGCUAAACUCUGCAGGACUCCCAGCUAACAAAAAUGUUCAUAGAACAUUUUGCUAACGUUCCCAUUAAGUUAUGAAAAUGUUAUUUCUGAAUAUUUCUCUGAAUGUUUAGUUUUACAAAUGUUUUUUUAAAAAAAAUUUUCUUGGUUGUGCGAACGUUAAGGGAACAUUCCAUUUUGUGACUUUUGAAUGUUCUCUGAAUGUUCUGAAACUAGUAACAUUUAAAAAAUGUUAGAUGAACGUCCAACUAAAAUGAUACAGGGGGAAAAAAAACAUUCCAUGAACAAUGUAUAGACAAUGUUAGUAUAUCCCUAUCCCUUCCUAAAAGAUGUGCCAAUUCAUAUAUAUCAAGUAAAUCAAGAUAAAUCAUUUCUGCUGCUUGCCAUUUAGUUCGAGUUUUAUUAAUAUACUGCAUUGCCUUUUGUCACCUUAUUAUUUCAUGUUGUUUCCUUUAGAUGUCUAGUCUGUAAAAGUGUUAUUCAUUUGCUUAAAACUGACCUUACACAUUUAACAAAUUAUGCAAGUAAUAUCUUUGAUAAAAAUGAAUAAAAGCCUUUCUUUCUGUU